AUGAGAAUAUCGCAGGUGAGCGUAAGAAUGACGAAUGAAUUUGACGUGAUCAGCAAUUUACCGGGGUACAUAAUGGAUCAAAUACUGUCGGGCCUGCCGAUUAAGGAGGCGGUGAGGACCAGCAUUUUGUCAAGAAAGUGGAGGUACAAAUGGUCCUCUCUUCCAGUACUUGUGUUUGAUGAGCAAUGUACGGAGGAUUCUUUCUCUCAACCACAUCAAAACUUGGUGAAGAUAAUUGACAAGGUCCUCUUGCUUCAUAUUGGCCCAAUACAGAAGUUCAAGCUCUCUCACAAAGAAUUUUGUGCUACUAGUGACAUUGACCACUGGAUUCUUCGUCUAUCUAGAGCCUCCGUUGAAGAAAUCGUACUCGACAUCUGGAACGGGCAGUUUUACAAGAUUCCCACCUCCUUAUUUAAUUGCCAGGACUUGAUUCAUUUGGAAUUGUACGGAUGUUUGGUGAAAAUUCCAUCGACGUUUGAAGGAUUCAAGAACUUGGAAAGUUUGGAUCUUCAGUUCAUUGAGCUGUCUCCGGACGGGCUUGAGGCUCUGAUUUCUAGCUGCCCCCUACUAAAACAUUUGAUUUUGAACAAUCUAGUGGGGAUUACGCAAGUUAAUCUUGAAGCUAGCAACCUUGAGUGGCUUGAUGUUCAAGGAGCUUUUCAGGAUGUAGCUUUUGGUGUUAUGAACAGUUUGAAGUCAGUCACGGUAGGUUUCUCUGACGAUAUUGCUAACAAACAUGGACCCGAUAAUGCCAACACGAUCAGUUUGCACAAGCUCUUCCAAAAUCUGCCCAAAAUUCAGAGUCUCAAGCUUGAAAAUUACUCACUGAAGUAUUUGGCUAUUGGAAAUGUUCCGCAGACACUGCCUAUUGAACCACUACAUUUGAAUUACCUCUUCACUUGCAUAGACUUCAAUAGUGUGGAGGAGAUUUUGACUGUUAUUUGCCUGAUUAGAAGCUCACCUCAGUUGAAACAAGUAGACUUUCAGAAUCGAGCCAAGGAUCAACAGACUACAAGGAUCGGGACAAUGGCCGACUUUUGGGAAGACCAUGGUGUGUGUUGCCUAGAACAAGUACAAGUUGUAUCGGUGGGUGGGAUUUUUGGCAGUGAGCUAGAGCUAGAAUUGAUGAAGUUUAUGCUUACUAGCUUGCCGAACCUACAAAAGAUGACGAUCCAGCCUAAUUCCACGUGUGGGGAAGGUAAGUUGCUCAGGGAGUUGCUGCGGUCCCGACGAGCCUCAACGCAAGCAGAGGUGAUCUUUAUCUAAUCCUGUUGAUUCGGAAGCCAAUCCACGUUAUGAUUGAAUCACUCAUGGGAGUAACAGUCACUGCAAUUGUUUUGCUAUGCUGUGUUGAACUUGAAUAUACUGUUGAAGAGUUCUUUUGUAUUGCAAAGAACUGGUAUCAAUUGCUCCCGGGGUUCAUCUUCGAGAAUGGUGUUAAAAGGGAUGUAAGAUUCUUACAUAUAUGCUGAUCAUCCAUGGGUUUAUCAGCAUCCCUUACAUGCUGUUAA